AUGUUGUCAUCUACCAGCGGCAUUCCGAAGACCUCGCUUUGGCGUCUCUUGAAAUCGAAGAAACUAAAGCGACGGACGAGCCGCAUCAAGCCCAUGAUGUCUGACACGGACAAGGAGGCCCGCGCCGUGUUCGCUCGUUCGUUUCUUCGCGAAGCAAUGAACCAAAUGCACUGGCACGACAUGUUGGAUCGUGUCCACAUUGACGAGAAAUGGUUCUAUGUCACGUUGAUCAACCGGCGGUACUACCUCUGGCACGACGAGCCCGUAGCUGUGCGCAAAGGAUCGUCCAAAAGGCACAUAGUCAAGGUCAUGUUUUUGACUGCGGUUGCAAGGCCUCGCUACGACUGUGCAAAGAAGUCGACUUGGGACGGCAAGAUCGGGAUGUGGCCGUUCGUGACGAAGGCGCCAGCGCAGAGAACAAGCAAGAACCGUGUGCGAGGGACAAUUGUGACAACACCAAUGACUGUGACGAAGCCGAUCUAUCGACAUUUCCUGUUGCAACAUGUCAUCCCCAGCAUCAAGCUGCUGUGGCCCAGUCGACGCGACAAUCCAAUCUACAUUCAGCAGGACAAUGCCCGCCCGCACGUUGGAGUGGACGAUCUCGCAGUGGCAGCUGCCGGUUGUUCUGAUGGAUGGCAUAUCCAACUGGUUGCACAGCCUGCGAUGAGCCCAGACUUCAACGUCCUCGACCUGAGGUUUUUCAACUCUAUUCAAGCGCUGCAGCAUCGACAAGUCGUUACUGGUAUUGACGAUCUUAUCCUAUCCUGGCUGUUCAUGGUGCGUUCGACGAAUUCGAUUUCCGUGUGCUCGACAAGACGUUUAUGA